GCUGCAGCCUGAGUAGAGCGAGACACUCAGGCCCCGAAAACAGAAAAAUUAUAGAAAAAAAUUGGAAAAAAUAAUAAAACAACAGAUCGAGAGGAGAAAGACAAGGAAAGGUGGAGUGGGGUCUCCCACGAGCAAACAAGAUGAGCAGUACCAGGAACUCCUCAGCCCUACCCAUGGCAGUUGGGACUGGGUGAGAGAGACUGAGAGAAGAUUUUGUCAUUUCUUCUAGGAGACGUUCUGAGCAAGAAGGAUUUGACAAACAAGAAGGUGCAUAAGUCCCACCCCCAGCACCACACCCGUUUAAACCACGCCCCCAGGCAGGAUCCAAGCAGAGCCUGGUAGCAGGGCAGCUGCCGCUGAGUCUCGAUGGCAACGGCACCCUAGGGCUGCCAUGGCAGCAGCUGCCGCCGAUGCCCCACGCCACAUUACCGCACUGACGCUGGAGCACGAGGAUCGACGGGCCGCCGCCAAGCUGCUUGGGGGUCCAGUGCAAGUGAGGGUGGAGAGAGACAGAGAGCAAGAGAGAGCGAGGGAGACCGAGAAGGAGGAGAGAGGAGACAGCGGGUGUUUGGUGUGCGGCGCCCUCUUCAGCUCACAGGACAAACUCCGGCUCCACACGUUCUGCCACACGGGAGAGAAACCUUUCCACUGCUCCCAGCCCCACUGCCCAAAGGCCUUCAGCUCCAAAUAUAAGCUUUACAGGCAUAUGGCCACACACUCACCUCAGAAGACCCACCAGUGCUCUUUUUGCGAAAAGAUGUUCCACCGGAAAGACCAUUUGAAGAACCACCUACAGACCCAUGACCCCAACAAGGAAGCCUUCAAGUGUGAGGAGUGCGGCAAGCACUACAACACGAAGCUGGGCUACAAGCGCCACGUGGCCAUGCACUCGGCCACGGCGGGUGACCUGACCUGCAAGGUGUGCCUGCAGAGCUACGAGAGCACCCCUGCCCUCCUGGAGCACCUCAAAAGUCACUCAGGCAAGUCCUCGGGUGGGGCCAAGGAGAAGAAACACCCGUGCGACCACUGCGAUCGCCGCUUCUACACCCGCAAGGACGUCCGCCGCCAUAUGGUGGUGCACACGGGGCGCAAGGACUUCCUGUGCCAGUACUGUGCCCAGCGCUUUGGGAGGAAGGACCACCUCACACGCCACGUCAAGAAGAGCCACUCGCAAGAGCUGCUGAAGAUCAAGACGGAGCCCCCGGAUAUGCUGGGCCUCCUUGGCACAGGCUCGCCACCAUGUGCCGUGAAGGAAGAACUGAGCCCCAUGAUGUGCAGCAUGGGCUCCAACAAGGACUCCAUGAUGGCCAAGUCGUUCCGAAGUGGCCCGCCCUUCCCGAUGGGCAUGUACAAUCCUCACCCCCUGCCAGCCAUGUCCAGUCCCGGAAUGGGCCACCAUCAUUCCUUGGUUCCCGGGUCGCUGACUGCUGCUAUGAGUAUGAGCUGCCCCAUGGAGCCUCCCUCGAACCUGCACCACCACCAUUCGCACCACCACCACCACCACCACCACCACCACCACCCCUCCCCACCCCCAUCACACCAGCAGCAGCCACCGCCCCUGCAGCCCCAGGCCCAACAGCAGCAUCAGCAUCUCCCCCAGCCCCCACCCAAGUACCAGCUCGGAUCUACCUCAUACCUGCUCGAGAAGCCCCUGAAGGUGGAGAUGGAGAGCUUCCUAAUGGAUCUGCAGAGUGGCCUGCCGGUUCCGCAGCCGCCCUCAGCAGACCCCCACUCAGCCGCCUCGCCCAACAAGGACGGCCUGGAGCCUCCACCGGGCCUGACGGACGAGCUGUGCGGGGACCCACUCCUGUCUAAAAGUCCCGCCGUCAUUGCGGAAUCUCUCUGUGCUGCUAACAUGGACUUCUCCCACCUGUUGGGCUUCUUCCCACUCAACCUCCCUCCCUACGGCUCGCCCAUGAGCUCAGGAGGUCUGGUGAUGGGCUACUCCACCUCCUCCACCGCCUCCUCCUCCUCCUCCUCGUCAUCGUCGGCAUCGUCACACACCGCCGAGCCACAUGCCACCACGGUGACACCUGCGGUGCCUCUUACCUCUUUGCAACCUCAACCUCAAGAGCAGCCAUGCUCCAGUGGGGGACUCGGUCUUGGGCCCCUGCCCCCUCUCCCGCCAGUGUUCAGCUCCAGCCUCAGCAACACCACCCUGCCUCGCUUUCACCAGGCCUUUCAAUGAGGCUCCUACCCCACCCUGGGCCUGCCCCAGGCUCAGACACCUAAGGCAGCUCGGCGCAGAGGAGCUCCUGGGCUCCCCCUAGGGGUGGGGGUAUAAAACACUUGAACACAUAGAAGCCUUAAUUGAAGCGCACAAAAGCUUUCGAAUGAGCCUGGAAGAAAUCCUUUAUUUCAGAAAAGGAAGAAGGGCAUAGCUAAUGAGAAUAACACAGAGCUUUUAUUUAGGCUUUCUGUCUGUACUUCCGAUUCGGCCCCUCCCCCCAGCCCUUUCCUCGCCGUUUUCUAGUUAGGAGGCAGCAUCAGCAGGCCUUAAGGCGUGGUACUGCAUACUUUUAAAAAGUAAUAAUAUGAGUAGUAAUAAAGAUUAAUGUAGACAAAGUAAUCUACCUUUUAAAAAAACUCAGAAAGAAUAGUUUGAAGUGAGUGUUUUAAUUUUUGCUUUUCCAAAUGUGAGACCUAACUUGCUAUAUUGUCUAUAUUCUAUUAAGCGUAUAUUAAGGUCAGGUCACAUUCGUUUGCCCUUAAACUAAAACCGUCUUUGUAGCCACAGGAGUGGAAAAAUUAGUGAAGGAAUGAAGGUGUGAUAAAACUGGAAAAUUCCCUUUACAUAGUCCAGUAACAGAUCCAUUACACUCCCAGUUAGUUCAUUACAUAAAAAUGGCAAUUCCAAGUAUCAAAAAAUGUUUUUAUAUUUUUCAGUGAGUUUAAUGUGUAAUUUCUUUAAAAAAAAACACUUCAGGAUAAACCAGUUACUCCUAAAUUAGAUUUGUUUCAUUAGAUACUUAAUUAGAUAUUUAAAAGACAUUUUUGCUGGAGUGAAAUGUAGGUAAGGGAAGAAAGAAAGCUGAAAGAAAAGCAAACAAGACCGGAGGAAAACAAAUGGAACAAUUUGAUUAUGCUGCUUUAUACACUGUGACCAUUAUCGAAGCUAAAGUUGGAGAAAAUGAUAAUGUAAAAAAGUUCACAGGUUUACAGCAUUGCUCAAAGAUGCACUUUGUUUACAGCAAAAGGCACUUGACCUCUUUUGGUUACUAUGGUGACUCACUGCCCCCACUAACCAAUCUACCUACCUAAUUCACUUACCUAAUUCACUCCUCCCUCUAGCCAAGCUUGUUAAACAUAGACAGCCAUUACACAAACAAAGAAAGCCUGAGGCCUCAAGACAUUUGAAAUACUUUCAAAAAUUAUUAGAGCCCUUCAUAUUUUGCCCUUCCUUCCAGCACUAAUUUUAUCAUCUCCAUGGCGAGUUUCUUACCUGCCGUUCCGGCCGACCUCUUUGUAAUGUUAGAAGACGGAAAUAUUUAGGCAGGGCUUUUUUGAAAUUUGAAAGAUACUUGGUAACCGCCACCCUGACAUAUGUGAAAAGAAAACAAGAAAUGACAAGAUAGAAGAAAGUUCUACAAAAGUUUUUUUUUUUUUGUUGCAGUGUACGAAAUAUCACAUCAAAAAUAUAUAUUAUAAUUACUUGUAUUUAGUAAAGUGUAAUUUAGAUAGAUGUAUUAAAAAUUGAUGGAUUUUUUUUUUAUUGUGGAAGGUAUACACAAUUGAGUAACCUUGAUCAAAAAAAUGGAUGAAGUAAUUGCUUUUCCUGUAGCUUUCCCAAUUCUCUUUGUACUAUACAUUUUCUUCUGUGUCAAACAAAGAAAUCACUAGGGUGAUAUUUUGUCCCAAGUAUAAUAGGCAUUUUGUAGAAUAAGUAGAAUGAACUUACCCUAUCUUUAAUCUUUAGUGUUGCAUAGAGAGGCCAAGAAUGUGACCCACGUUUGAUUUGAAUUCUUUGCUUUCAGUAUUGGAAUGGAACCUGAAUGAUUUCGUCUUUGGUGUGCCUUUAGGUAUUACAGGCUCUCCCCAUGGCUCUGACACAAAGAACAAACAUAAAAAAACCUUUUUACAGGUUGUUUGCCAUGACAGAGGGCAUCACAGAGUCACAAAAAAAAAAAAAAAAAACUGAACAAAAAGACUGAAAAAUGCAAAUCCCUGCAAUACAAGACCUAGUGUCUGUAAAACAAAUUAGGCAUUGAUGACAAAUCCAAAUUUGUUUUAGAAAGAAGAGAAAGUGAUGAAAAAAUUAUUUGUAUGGUUCCCGUAUUAGCCCCCAGAAUGCAGGUCCACAGAUGGACUGCACAAACACAUACAAUCCUCGAACACAAAUGUCUACCUGAAGGGCUUGACCUCAUGGCGGCAGAUGCACGCGUUUGAUGCUGUGGAACCUUUUCCUGCCUCCACCCUCCUUUUAGGUUCAUUUCUUGCAUGUCCCUGUUGGAUUUUUCUCCAGCCCCACCUUAGAAGUAAAUAUGAAACUCAUUUAAAUCAAAUUAAAAGAAGCGUGCGA